GCGAUAAAGGGGACGUGACUAAUCUUAAGCUUUAAAAAUAUCGAUAGUAAAUGACAAAAUAUGAUAUACAGAACUGGCUUCUGUUUAUAGGUUCUCGUGUUGUGCUGUGGGUGAGACAAAGCCGGACCAGACCUGAGACCUAGCUAUGGCUAUAGAGGCAUGGUUCAUGGACGACAGCAAUGAAGAUCCCUGGCUCCCUCACCGUCACAACCCCAUCGAGCUUCUUCCAAUGGACCAAUUGGCAGAGUUGGGAGUGCUGUACUGGCACCUGAACCCCAAGGAUUACGAGAACGAUGAAGAGCUACGCCAUAUUAGAGAAACCAGAGGUUAUAAUUACAUGGAUUUGAUUGAUAUAAGCCCUGAAAAGUUGGAGAAUUAUGAAGAGAAGCUGAAGAACUUCUACACAGAACACAUACAUGGCGAUGAAGAAGUCCGGUAUUGUUUGCAAGGAAGUGGUUACUUUGAUGUUAGGGACAAGGAGGACCGUUGGAUUAGGAUCUGGAUGAAGGCUGGUGAUCUUAUUAUCUUACCAGCUGGGAUUUACCAUAGGUUCACCUUGGACACCUCCAACUACAUUAAAUUGAUGAGGUUGUUCAUUGGGGAGCCUGUUUGGACUGCAUAUAAUCGGCCACAGGAAGAACAUCCAGCAAGGAAGGACUACAUUAAGAGUUUGAAUGAAAAAGUGGGACUCCCAUUGGAAGGUCAUUAGAGGGACAUUCUUUCAUAAUUAGCAUUACAUUUUCAGCUUGUAUUUAAAUAAGAAAUGAGUCCAUAUGUUUUAUCUACUUAUAUAAGUUGUAAUAUACGAACCUUUAUCAAAAUGUAUUUGGUCGGUUUUUGUAA